AUGCUUACGAUGCAAUAUAACGGGUAUACGAGCGUUACAGCUACGAAAGAUGACCCAAUAACCCGAUAUUUCUUUCAGAAGUACUAUGAAAAGGUGAAUGAGGGCAAACCGAAGGCAGAUGAGUCGAAACAAGAGCCGAAUGUGUUUCAAACGACGUUUAACAAACUGUGCAAGCUUCUGAGGGGCUCAGACGCCAAACAGGAGGAAAUAGCGCGACUUAUGGAGCAGAAGCAAAACGCGAUGUCGUACCAGGAAUGGCUAGCAGCAGCAACAAGGCUUGACGAUAUCACGGAUGCAGAGCAGUGGAAAUCUACGAGAGAGUCUGUAUUGUAUGAAUACAGUUUGGUAGAAUCGAGUACGAAGGCUAUGAGAGAAGCGCGACUUUCACAAGACUGGGCCCACUUGUUAUAUUUAAUAAGGACCACCUGGGUACGGAACCGAGGGGGCAUGGGUAACGUCAACCUUUACAGACAUUCCUACGUUGGGACGAAGCAUAUAAUUGAGGAUUAUGUUGAGGAAUCAUCGCGUUCUUUGCAGGAACUCGUGCAUAAUUCAGAUUUAGAUGAUACGUACUUGUUGGGAAUGCUUACGCAGACGAGGAAAAAUAUCGGUCGUACGGCGUUGGUUUUGAGUGGCGGUGGAACAUUUGGGUUGUUCCAUAUUGGUAUUCUCGUUACACUUUUUGAGCAGGAUUUGCUUCCACGUGUCAUUAGCGGGAGUAGUGCGGGUGCUAUUGUUGCUGCUAUUCUCUGUUCAAGGCACAAGCAUGAAAUACGAUCCUUAGUAGACGACAUCUUGGUGAAAGAUUUCAAUAUCUUCAAAGAUGACUGGGAAAAGAGCGAGGGAGAGAAUUUACUUAUAAAGAUAUCUAGAUUCUUCAAAAAUGGGACGUGGUUUGACAAUAAAAAUCUUGUCAAUACGAUGAUAAAUUUCUUGGGUAAUUUGACGUUUAGAGAAGCUUAUAAUCGAACUGGUAAGAUUCUCAACGUAACUGUUUCACCAGCAUCAGUCCAUGAACAACCUAGGCUUUUGAACAAUCUAACAGCGCCCAAUGUCUUGAUCUGGUCUGCCGUGUGUGCUUCUUGCUCUCUUCCAGGUAUUUUCCCAUCUUCUCCUCUAUACGAGAAGGACCCAAAGACCGGAGAAAAGAAAAAGUGGAAUUCUAGUUCUGUAAAGUUUGUUGAUGGUUCUGUCGACAACGAUUUACCAAUUGCAAAGCUUUCUGAGAUGUUUAACGUUGAUCAUAUCAUUGCAUGCCAAGUGAAUAUUCACGUAUUCCCGUUCUUGAAACUUUCCGUGUCUUGUGUUGGUGGGGAAAUUGAGGAUGAGUUUAGUGCAAGGUUCAAAAUGGCAUUGGGUAAAGUGUAUCGAUACAUGGCUAGUGAAGUGAUUCAUGCUUUAGAAAUUGCUACGGAAAUUGGUGUCGGAACCAAUGUCCUGACCAAGCUGAGAUCUGUCUUGUCGCAACAGUACAGCGGUGAUAUAACAAUUCUCCCCGAAUUAAGUUCGUUGUUGAGAUUUAACCAACUUCUAAGUAAUCCCACCCAAGAAUUUUUGUUAAGGGAAGCUACUAAUGGUGCCCGUGCUUGUUGGCCGAAGCUAUCUAUUAUAAAGAACCAUUGUGGACAAGAAUUCGAGUUGGAUAAAAUGAUAAACUACUUGAAGGGUAAAAUAAUUUCAAACAAAGAUUUCAAAGGAAAUCCAUUUCAAAUUACUGGCCAGGAGUUCCCCUUGAUAAACAGUCCAGUUCUUACCAGUAAUGAAAAGAAAGCUAUCCAUAUUUUUGAUGACGUGUUACUGAACGCUGAUAACUCCGAACAGUUCAUGGUGGUACCUGAUGCCUCAGGCUCUCGAAGAUUGGAGGACUAUCAUAACUCACCAAGGUCUGUUAGCGGGCACAAAAGCAGGAUGCACGACCGCCGUAAGUCUGAAUCUAAUAGCAGUUUAACGAAAAGAGGUAAGCGCCAUAACUCAAUCUCUGUACCUUAUUCCUCAUCAAAUUCACCUCUGUCAGAAAGGAUAUAUGCCCCAGUUAUGCCAUUCCGUCCGCCUUUUGACAGAAAACAAAGCAUUGGGGAGUUGCAACUAAAAAAGACAAUUUCCGUUCCAUCUAAAAGUAGCAGCUUUACAAAGAUUGACAGCGAAAGUAGCCCUAUAUCCCUGACUCCGAUUGUUGAUAAAGGAACAUCUGGUCAGACAGAUUUAGUACUGUAUUCUGGCUAUCAAUCAAAUCCUAGCUCUCCUCUGAGAACCAAAAAACUAAAGAAUAGAAAGAAAUCAUCGACAAAACAAACUCCAAAAAGAAAUAGUGAAACUGCAUGA